CAUAUGCAUGUUGUUUAGACAAUACGCCACUACCUGUCAGUCAGAGUCCAACGUUCAAUGUUGCUGAUUACCUCGCCUCAGAAAUGAAUAAAAUAGCCCCUAAAGAGGGUUGUACCUUUCAUCCCCACUUAACACCCUUCUUUGCCACCCAUGGAACCACUGCACGCACAGACCGUUGUCCUUGCUUCACCUGCAACAAAGAUUCGCCUAUCCCUACUAUCUACCGCCAUGGUCGACGCGUUAGGAGGUCCGGCGGAGUUUGCAGAUCGAUUUUCUUUUCCUACAAUCUCAUCGAUGAUCCCAAAUAAAACUUUCGGUCUCCCUCCUGGUGUCUGGACGGAUGAUACAUCCAUGGCACUUUGCCUUGCCCAUUCAUUAUCCACAUCGAAACUAGAUUCCAACCAACCGUCACCACAGGGAGCAGGCGGAUUCGAUGAACACGACCAAAUGGCUGCCUACACGAGCUGGAGGCGAAAUGGGUUUCUUUCGGCAAUUGGACGUUGCUUUGAUGUUGGUAACACGGUGUCGGGUACGAUUUCCCUUUACUCGCGAUGUGAUCCUCAGGUUGCAUUCGAGAGAAUCAAAGAAGCAUAUGAGGACGAGUCGUAUUCAGGGAAUGGGAGUUUAAUGCGCGUGAUUCCCAUUGGGCUGGCGUAUUGGCCAGACGAACAAAAGGCACGGGAGUACGCACGCAGGAGUAGCGUAACGACUCAUCCCAACGAGAUGUGUCAAGAGGCUUGCGAAGUUUGGACAGGUGUGAUUUCGAUGAUCAUGAAAGCCGCGUGUUCGUCUUCUGACGAAAGGUCGAAACUUUCGAAACUGCGAGUGCUUGAGUACUUUGCAAAAUUUCCGUACAAGGUCCCAAAGCUUCGCGACGCGCUUUCCCUUCCAUCUACGGCACCCGAAACACCAGAAGCUGAAGACGAAAAAGAGCGUCAUUAUCGUUCGUACCACCCUAUCAUGAAACUAGUCACGGAAACAGAGUCCUUGUUCUCGCAUCGGCAGAACAAACUCAAACCUCACGCUCCCACCGGAAAGCAACUUCCAUCUUCAGGGUAUGUCCUCCAUACGUUGGUUGCGGCAUUGUACAGUUUCUUGGCGACGUCGACCUUCGAAGAGGGUGCAAUAUUCGCAGUGAACCUGGGAGAUGACGCUGAUACUGUGGGAGCCGUUUAUGGUGGUCUAGCAGGAUGUUGGUACGCUCAUGAGCAAGCUGCUUUGCCCCAAGGAGCCUCGCUGUUUUGGAGUAAACGAGUUGAAGAUUGGAAGAACACGCUCGUAGAAAGAGAGAUGGUAGAACAGGUUGCGGAGAAAUUGGUAUCGUUCAGCGCAAGGCUUGUGGCAGAACAGUAGGCAAUGGCAUUUCAACAGGCUGUAUUAGAUACCAUGCAUGCUUACAAUGGUAAGCCCUCUUCAUUGCCUUUGAUGUUGCCGAGAUUCUGUAAUCUAUGUGUGUAAGGCAAGUACUAGACUGGAGUGAAUAUUGCAACUUGACGUUGAUGAUCGAGGAGGAAAAAAGACGCGGC